AUGGAUCAGCCCGUUUCGUUUCAGGAAUUCAUCCUGCGCCUCAGCAACUAUUGGAGCCAGCUCGGGUGCGUAUUGAUCCAGCCCCUCGAUCUGGAAGUGGGCGCCGGCACAUUCCACCCGGCAACCUUUCUGCGUUCGAUUGGACCCGAGCCGUGGCGCAGUGCUUACGUGCAGCCAUCGCGCCGACCCACCGACGGUCGCUAUGGUGAGAACCCUAACCGGUUGCAGCACUACUAUCAGUAUCAGGUUGUGAUGAAACCCUCUCCGACGAUUCAGGAGUUGUACUUAGGCUCGCUUGCCGCGAUCGGUAUCGACCCGCUGGUUCACGACAUUCGCUUCGUCGAAGAUAACUGGGAGUCACCAACCCUUGGUGCCUGGGGACUGGGUUGGGAGGUCUGGCUCAACGGCAUGGAGGUCACACAGUUUACCUACUUCCAGCAAGCAGGCGGACUUGACUGCAAACCAGUCAUGGGCGAAAUCACCUAUGGUCUGGAGCGCCUGGCAAUGUACUUGCAAGACGUUGACAACGUCUACGACCUCGUCUGGACCACUGCCGAAAACGGCCAAGUGGUCACCUACGGCGACGUUUUCCAUCAGAACGAACUAGAGAUGUCGACCUACAACUUUGAGCACGCCGACAUUGAAACUUUGUUCGGCCAAUUCGAUUUUUUCGAACGCGAAAGCAACAAACUUAUCCAGGCACAGUUGCCGCUACCCGCGUAUGAAAUGGUGUUGAAAGCGUCACAUUGUUUCAAUCUGCUUGAUGCGCGUAGCGCCAUUUCCGUGACCGAGCGCCAGCGAUUCAUUCUUCGCGUGCGAACGCUGUCCAAGGCUGUCGCAGAAAGUUACUACGCCAAGCGGGAAGCGUUGGGCUUCCCUGGCCUCAAGCAGGCACUUCGGCAGGAGGUUGUGAUGGCUCAGCCCACCUCAGACCGUGCCGACCUUUUGAUCGAGAUUGGUACCCAAGAAUUACCACCAAAAGACUUGCCGCGACUGGCCGAAGCUUUUCGUGCCGGGCUGGUCGCGCAACUAACCAAGGCAAAACUGUCACCGGGCUUGUCUCGCUGGUUUGCAACACCGCGCCGUCUAGCCGUCAGAGUUGAUCAGGUGCUGGUCCAGCAGGCCGAUCAGGAAAUUGAUCGGCUGGGCCCCGCCGUGGCUGCAGCGUUCAAGGAUGGAAAAUCGACACCCGCGGCACAAGGCUUCGCCAAAUCCUGCGGCGUGUCUCUAGAACAGCUGGAGCACCGAGAAACCGAAAAGGGAAUCAGGCUGGCGUACCGGCAAAUCGUACGUGGCGGCCCGACUAGCGAGUUGUUGCUGGCGAUGGUCGAGGAGAGCCUGAACAAGUUACCGGUUGCCAAACCCAUGCGCUGGAACGACCACGAGUUCGCCUUUGUCCGCCCGGUGCUCUGGUUGGUGGCGUUGCUCGGGCACGACCUAAUCGAAGGACAGUUGUUCGGUCUGGCCACUGGCAAGCAAACCCGUGGCCACCGCUUUCAUUCCGAGGGCGUUAUCGAAAUCGACCACGCGGAUGAUUAUGCGGCGGCGCUACGGGUCGGUCAUGUCAUUAUCGAUUUCGAAGAACGCAAAAAACAUAUCGCAGAACAGGCGGCUCGGCUGGCCAAGACGAUUGCCGGCACCGUUCAGAUUCGCCCGGCCCUGCUUGAUGAGGUCGCUAACCUGGUUGAGUUUCCAGUCCCUUUUCUUGGUCGUUUUGACGAGGCAUUUCUCGACGUGCCACAAGAGGCUUUGAUCUCAUCAAUGGAAAGCCAUCAAAAGUGUUUCCCGGUAGUCGACUCCGCAGGGCAGUUGAUGCCGCGCUUUGUUGGUGUCGCCAAUAUCAAGAGCAACAACCCGGCCAAGAUGAUCGAGGGGUUCGAAAGAGUGAUUCGGCCGCGUCUGGCAGACGCGCAGUUCUUUUGGAACAACGAUCAGCGCAAACCACUCGAUGCGCAUCUUCCUGCCCUGGAAAAGAUGAUCUUUCACGAGCAGCUUGGCACCCAGGGCGACAAGGUACGGCGAGUCAGUGCCCUGGCCGAAGGCAUCGCCGGCGAGAUGGGCCUUGCGCCAGUGGCAGCGGCGCGCGCGGCGCAGCUGGCCAAGUGUGACCUGCUUAGCGAGAUGGUGUUUGAGUUCCCAGAGCUACAGGGCAUAGCGGGACGCCGCAUCGCCACGCAUCAAGGCGAAGAUGCAGCGGUGGCCAAAGCAAUAGAAGAGCAAUACCUACCCAAGGGCGGCGGCGACAAGCUGCCGGCGAGCCCCGUCGGCCAGGCACUGGCUUUGGCCGACCGCUUUGACACACUGGCGGGAAUUUUCGCCGCCGGCAUGAAACCCACUGGCAGCAAAGAUCCGUUCGCGCUAAGGCGUGCCGGCCUGGGCGUGGUGCGGGUCAUUGUCGAGCGAGAGAUAGAUCUGGAUGUCAGCCAUUGGUUGCAACAGGCGCUUGUCGGGGUAUCCAGCAAAAUUCCUUCGGCUCAAGAUCAACAGGAAGAGUUGCUUCAGUUCGUCAUGGACCGGUUGCGCGCCUACUACAGUGACCAAGGCGUCGCGCACGACGUGUUUGAUGCCGUCUGGCAGUUGCGCCCCACGCGUCUGCUCGACUUUGACCGACGGCUCAAAGCCUGCCAGGCGUUUCAAAGUUUGCCCGAGGCGCCGGCCCUAGCCUCAGCCAACAAGCGUAUCGGCAAUAUUCUGCGCAAGUCAGCCACCGCUCCAGCCAGCCAAAUUGACCCCAACUUGUUUGAGGACCCUGCCGAGAACGCGUUGGCCGAAGCGUUGGCCGAGGCGCGUGCCGAUGUUGUGCCAUUACUGAAAGCGGGUGACUACGAGCCGGCCCUGAGGCGCCUGGCGCAAUUGCGCCCUAGCGCAGACCAGUUCUUCGACAAUGUUAUGGUUAUGGCGGAGCACCCGGCGGUACGAGCAAACCGGCUGGCUUUGCUCAGUCGCGUCAAGUCCAUGUUUGAUCAGAUCGCGGAUGUUUCCAAGCUGGUGGUGAAGUCAGAUGACUAG